AUUUCCGGGAAAGGCGGGCGGUAGGCGCAGUAGAGGGCGGCUGUUCGGCAAGAAGCCGCUCCUGCUACGCGCGCGGCUCGAGCGAGAGUUUACUAUAUAUGGUCAAAGCCAGGGGGAGAUCUCGGGGAAAAAAAGUGGUGCGAGCGGGCGCUUCCUGGUUUGUGCAGCUGGGAGUUGACGUCUCUGGUGCUGCAGGAGGAAAUUUGCAAGCCAGUGAAUUGGGUUGUGGGUUUUUUUUUCCUGUGGCCCUUCCGUUGUAAUAUUUGCUGCAGAUAAGCAGUAACAGUAGCUACAAGUGAGGGAGAAGAUGCCUUACGAGCUGAAAAAAGUAUUUGCAAGCCUCCCACAGGUUGAAAGGGGUGUCUCUAAAAUCAUCGGGGAAGAUCCAAAAGGCAACAACUUCCUGUAUACAAAUGGGAAAUGCGUCAUCAUUCGAAAUAUUGAUAAUCCAGCAAUUGCUGACAUCUACACUGAACAUGCCCAUCAAGUUGUGGUUGCCAAGUAUGCUCCCAGUGGUUUCUACAUUGCAUCUGGAGAUAUCUCCGGAAAACUUAAAAUUUGGGAUACCACCCAGAAAGAACAUCUCUUGAAGUAUGAGUAUCAGCCAUUUGCAGGAAAAAUAAAAGACAUUGCAUGGACCGAAGACAGCAAGAGACUUGCUGCCGUUGGGGAAGGACGGGAAAAAUUUGGAGCAGUGUUCCUAUGGGAUACUGGUUCUUCAGUAGGUGAGAUCAGUGGUCAUAAUAAAGUGAUCAAUAGUGUGGAUAUUAAACAGACCAGACCCUAUCGCCUAGCAACUGGCAGCGAUGACAACUGUGCAGCUUUCUUUGAAGGGCCACCAUUCAAAUUCAAGUUUACAAUAAGUGGCCACAGCCGUUUUGUUAACUGUGUGAGGUUUUCUCCUGAUGGAAAUAGGCUUGCUACAGCCAGUGCGGAUGGCCAGAUUUUUAUUUAUGAUGGCAAAACAGGAGAGAAAAUUGGUGCUCUAGGUGGAGAUAAAGCACACAAUGGAGGCAUUUAUGCAAUUAGUUGGAGUCCUGAUGGCAAUCGUCUGCUUUCUGCUUCAGGAGAUAAAACAGCCAAGACGUGGGAUGUUGCUGCUAAUAGUGUAGUGAAUACAUUUAACAUGGGGUCCAGUGUUCUGGACCAGCAGUUGGGAUGUCUCUGGCAAAAACACCACUUAUUGACACUUUCUCUUUCUGGCUAUAUCAACUAUUUGGAUGAGAACAACCCAAAUAAACCCCUUCGUGUCAUAAAGGGUCACAGUAAAUCAGUACAUUGUCUUACAGUGCAUAAAAAUGGGGAGAAAUCCUAUAUUUACUCUGGAAGCCAUGAUGGACAUAUUAAUUAUUGGGAUUCUGAGACUGGUGAAAAUGAUGACUUUUUAGGAAAAGGACAUACAAACCAGGUUUCCCGAAUGGCAGUGGAUGAAAUGGAGCAGCUAGUCACUUGCAGUAUGGAUGAUACUGUACGCUACACUAGUCUUAACAAAAAAGAUUACAGUGGCCAAGAUGUUGUGAAAAUGGAUGUCCAGCCCAAGUGUUUAGCUGUUGGACCUGGUGGAUAUGCCGUUAUUGUAUGCAUUGGAGAGAUUGUCUUGAUGAAAGAUAAGAAGAAAUGCUUUGCAAUUGAUAACCCUGGUUUUGACCCAGAAGUUGUAGCAGUUCAUCCAGGAGGUGGUAUGGCAGCAGUUGGAGGAACAGAUGGAAAAGUAUACUUGUAUACAAUCCAGGGGGCUUCUUUAAAAAGAAAUGAAAAAACACUGGAAGCUAAAGGACCUGUGACCGAUCUGGCUUAUUCCCAUGAUGGUGCCUUCCUUGCAGUGACAGAUGCAAGCAAGGUUGUCACAGUGUUCAGCGUUGCUGAUGAUUAUGCGGAAUAUAAUGUAUUUUAUGGACAUCAUGCAAAAAUUGUCUGCAUUGCCUGGUCACCAGAUAAUGAACAUUUUGCUUCUGGAGGUAUGGAUAUGAUGGUGUAUGUGUGGACACUGAGUGACCCAGAAACCAGAGUCAAAAUACAAGAUGCCCACAGAUUACAUCAUGUAAGCAGUUUGGCAUGGUUGGAUGAACAUACUUUGGUGACAACAUCUCAUGAUGCAUCUGUCAAAGAGUGGUCUGUUUCCUACAAAUAAAACACCUUCAUUCAGGAGAACCUCAUCAGGGACUAGAAGUAUGGAGUGAAACAUAAAAUAGGAUUUCUCUUCCUUAAAGUUAACAAAUCUGUAAUGACCUUGAGGUCCUAAAGCAUAUAUUUACCGACGGUGUUUCUAUCUGAAAUUAAUUUUUGAAAAGCUUUAGUCAGUGAUAGUUUGCACAUGAGAAGCACUUAAAUUAUGUCUGAAGCUCAUUAAAAUUGUGUGCUGAACAUUCCAAAUUCUGCAGGCUAGAUGGUGGGUGAAGAAGCGUUAAAACUUAUUUGGUUCCUUAUUUUUUAAGUAUAUAAGACACACAAACACUUGCACAUGGUAUUGUACAGCACGAGAGAAUUCUCAUUUGUUUCUAAUUGCAGAACAUUUCUUUACCAACCAUCAUGGUAAGAAUGCUAAUUGUGAUCCAAAAAUAUAUCAUGGUGUGCAGCUACUGUAUACUGGCUUGUCUGUAAUGCACCAAAUUGUUGCCUCAGAUUUCUUUAAUCAGAUAACAAAGUGGGUAUGUUCAUAAUAAACUUUUUCUGUAUUUGAUGUCCA